GGUCGGGAAAAAUCAGCCCUUGGUGGGCUGAUUUCCUCAGCUCCUUGGGAACCCGCCGUGUGCCGCCGUAGUGGGUCCAUGUGGGACGCUGAGAGAGGGUGGUGCCCGGUCGGGUGCGUUAUCGCCUUCGCUCUGCUUCUGUUUUCAGCUGCUGAUGAAAUUGCAACCAGAAGACUCUUUGGACCUUUCCGUGGUCGGAACCUUUGACUCCUGAACGGUUGCUUCAGGAAGCUUCAAAGAGCAGAAGGAAAAAGGAGCAGAAUCGGAGGGAGCAGACCCCUGUCCUGCAGCGUGGGGAGCUGGGGGGGGGUGAGAGGAAGCAGCUGUAUGUGGAGUUUGUGGACAAAAUGCUCUCUCUGAAGAAAUACUUCACUGAAGGCCUCAUCCAGUUCACCAUCCUGCUCAGCUUGAUCGGCGUUCGCGUGGACGUGGACACCUACCUGAACUCCCAGCUCCCCCCUCUGCGGGAGAUCAUUCUUGGCCAGAGCUCUGCUUACACCCAGACCCAGUUUCACAACCUGAGGAACACCUUGGAUGGAUAUGGCAUCCACCCAAAAAGCGUAGACCUGGACUAUUACUUCACUGCUCGCAGGUUGCUCAACCAAGUGAGGGCCCUGGACAGGUUUCAGGUGCCCACCACCGAGGUCAGCGCCUGGUUGGUGCACAGGGACCCCGAGAGCUCCGUGGCCGGGAACCAGCCCAGCGCUGGCAUCGCCCUAGAGAACGGCGGCGGCCUGCAGGAUGGCAGCAGCCCUGACAAUGGGGUGAGGGAGAGUGGAGCUGAGCAGGGAUUUGGGGAAGAACUGGAAGAUUUGGGAGCGGUGGCUGCCCCCGCGAACGGAGACUUGACCAAAGAGGACAUCGAUUUGAUUGACAUCCUGUGGAGACAGGAUAUUGAUCUCGGCGCUGGGCGAGAGAUUUUUGACUACAGCCACCGGCAGAAAGAGAGCGAAGUGGACAAAGAGCUGAGCGAUGGGAGGGAGCGAGGGGACAGCUGGAGGAGCGGAGGGAACGAGGUCUUGGAUAGAACCCUACUAGUUGAUGGAGAGACUGGGGAGAGUUUCCCUGCACAGGUGCCUGGUGCAGAGGAUCAGACAGCCCUGUCCCUGGAGGAGUGCCUUAGACUGCUGGAGGCCACCUUCCCUUUCGGGGGGAAUUCGGAGUUUCCAGCUGCGGAUGUCUCCACCCUGAGCGAAGCUGUGCCCGGCGAGAGCAGGUCUGCAGGCAUCCAGAGCAACCUGCUGUCUCCUCUCCUCGCCGAGACCGAGUCGCCCUUCGACCUGGAGCAGCAGUGGCAGGACCUCAUGUCUAUCAUGGAAAUGCAGGCUAUGGAAGUGAACAACACGACCGCCGAGAGCCUCUACAACAGCACGAGCGGAGACCUGCUGGCUUCGAACUACAGCCUCGCUCCCAACACUCCCAUCAAUCAGAAUGUCAGCCUGCAUCAGGCCUCUCUGGGGAGCUGCUCCCAGGACUUCUCCCUCUUCAGCUCCGAAAUCGAAAGCCCUUCCUCCAUGGCUGGCAGCUCGGCCUUGCUUCAGCUGGCGCCGGAUAACUCCACCGGCCUCAACACCACCUUCGGCUCCACCAACCUGAGCGGCAUCUUCUUCCCUCCCCAGCUGAACAGCACAGUCAACGAGACAGCCGGCCCCGAGCUGCCAGACCCCCUGGGUGGGCUCCUGGACGAAGCCAUGCUGGAUGAGAUCAGCCUGAUGGACUUAGCCAUCGAAGAAGGGUUCAACCCGGUGCAGGCCUCGCAGCUGGAAGAGGAGUUCGAUUCCGACUCAGGUCUUUCUCUGGAUUCUGGCCACAGUCCUGCUUCGCUGAGCAGUUCAGAAGCCUCCUCCUCCUCCUCCUCGUCCUCCUCUUCCUCUUCUUCCUCCUCUUCCUCCUCCUCCUCCUCGUUUUCUGAGGAAGGAGCUGUGGGUUACAGCUCAGACUCCGAAAACGUGGACUUCGAAGAGGCCGAAGGGGCGGUUGGCUACCAGCCAGAGUACAGCAAGUUCUGCCGCAUGAGCUACCAGGACCCGUCCCAGCUCCAUUACCUGCCUUACCUGGAGCACGUUGGCCACAACCACACCUACAACAUGGCCCCGGGGGCCCUGGAGAGCGAGGAGCCCAAACUGCCCAGCGUGGGGAAGAAGAGCGGCAAGAAGCCCUCCGAGUUCCUGGACAAGCAGCUGAGCAGGGACGAGCACCGGGCCCGGGCCAUGAAGAUCCCUUUCACCAACGACAAGAUCAUCAACCUGCCCGUGGAGGAGUUCAACGAGCUGCUCUCCAAGUACCAGCUGAGCGAGGCCCAGCUCAGCCUGAUCCGAGACAUCCGCCGGAGGGGCAAGAACAAGAUGGCCGCCCAGAACUGCCGCAAGAGGAAGCUGGACACCAUCCUCAACCUGGAACGGGACGUGGAGGACUUGCAGCGGGACAAAUCCAAACUGCUCAGGGAGAAGGUAGAGUUCCUCAAAUCCAUCCGGCAGAUGAAGCAGAAGGUGCAGAACCUCUACCAGGAGGUGUUCGGCAGGCUGAGGGACGAGAACGGCCACCCCUACUCCCCCAGCCAGUACGCCCUGCAGUACGCCAGCGACGGCAGCGUCAUCUUGAUACCCAGGGCCGUGGCCAACCAGCAGGCCCGGCGGCAGGAGCGCAAACAGAAGGACAGGAGGAAGUGAAGGGGACAAGGCUGGCGAUGCGGGAGAGGAGUCUGGGGCAACUCCCUUGAGCAGAGAGAGGACUGGAGAAGGGCUGAGCCUGGAAGUACUUUGUAAGGGACUUUCCGAUGCCUUCUUAUCCGAUAAUAUCUUCUCGAACAAACAAAACGGACACCAAGGUGACUGCUGCCGGGAGGCUGGCAGCACCUGCAGGCUUCAGGGGGCUUCCCCCCUAACUGGGGGAGGAACUGGGAGGAGAGGACACCCUGGCACUGGUGUUUGAGCCCAGCACCUUUCCACCACCCUGGAAUCCUUUGAGCACAGGAUAUGAGCUGGUAGCAAACUGGCGGCGAGAGAGAGAGAGAGACAGAGGCAGAGGUGGGGGCAAACAAAGCAAAACAAACAACAAACUACUGUUAGGAACUGGCUUUAAAUAAGAGAUUUCAAAGCAAAUGAACUGAGAACAAAGUUAGAGGAGAGACAUUUGUCUGAACUUCCAAAGUUCUGUGAUUUCAGGUAGUUGGUUUCUUCUUUUCUUUUCCUUUUUGUUCUUUUCCUUUGCCCUUUUCUUCCUUGUUCUUUU